AUUGAAGCUAAAUUAACUGCUUUGUAGAUUGGAAUUUAGAAGCAGCGCCUCCUACUCAUACCGACGCGACUCAUCACACAGGAAAGGCAAAAAAAAAAUGAGUAGGUAUGGGCUGAACCUUAGGCCGCAGCAGAAGAAGCAGCCGACAAGGCCUCCUCUCCCUAAACCUCUCGGUUUUGGCGAUGAUGAUGACAAUGACGUUGAGAAAGAAAUUUCUCGCCAUGCUUCCAAGAACAAGUCUCUCAAGGAUAUUGAGGAGCAGCAGAGGAAGGCGCUGGAGCAGGACCCAUCGGUGUUCGACUACGAUGGAGUUUAUGACGAGAUGAAACAGAAAGCUAUCCAACCUCGUGCUCAAGAUCGUGAAGAGAGAAAGCCAAGAUAUAUUCAGUAUUUAAUGAAAAAAGCAGAAGAACGAAACCGAGAGCAUGAAAUAGUAUAUGAGAGAAAACUUGCUAAAGAGAGAACCCAAGAGGAUCACCUCUAUGCAGACAAGGACAAAUUUGUUACAAGUGCUUACAAAAGGAAACUUGCAGAGCAGGCAAAAUGGAUGGAGGAAGAACGACUGCGUCAACUUCGUGAGGAGAAAGAUGAUGUUACCAAGAAGAAAGACUUGACUGAUUUUUACUUCAACCUAGGAAAAAAUGUUGCUUUUGGGGCAGAAGAUGCCAAGUCAAGGAAGCUAGCGAAGCAGGCUGAAUUAAGCAAGCUAGAGAAACAUGAAGACAGAUCAAUU